AUGGGCCGAUUUGAUGCAGCGGGCCCAUAUCACGAGCCCAAAUGGUUGGGGUGGCUGGACAUGGACCCGGAGCGGUUCGAGGAGGAGCUCAGCCUGGUGGGCCAGAAUGCACCGUGUGCCGACCCGGCUAGCGCCGAAAAUUACUUGGUCUCGGAACCGGCCGUCGGCCGAGCCGCGCGAGUUGGGCCGAGACAGGAGGAGCGGGUUGGGCCGGGUUGGGUCGGACCGGGGCGAGGCGGAUGGUCGACCGGUCGGGUCUAUCGCGGCCUGACCAAUCCCAGCCGAACCGGGGCGAGUCGGGGUGAACUUGGGCGAAUCGGGUCGGGUCACAUGAUGCAGGGCGAACCCGAACCGGACCAAACCAGAGGUGGACCAAACUGGUUUGAGCCGCGACUGGUGAGAUCGGCCAGUAUGGAUCCGAACAUGUGGCAAGGGUCGUACGGGGCAGGGUAUGUGACAGGUCCGCCGGUCGAGGUGCCACUGGUAGUUUUGGGCGAGGAAGAGGAUCACUGUUCUACCAGAACCAACCAGGGGGUGACUCGGGUUAUGACAGGUAUGGUUCGUAUCACCCUGCUGAUAGGGCAAAAGCGUAUAUGCUAA